GGAGCAAUUUACACCAUGUGGCCCCUUAAUGGAUCUCACAGUCAUCUCAGGAGAGCUGAAGGAAGUCUAUCUACCUCACUUUCUGUGUUUAGGAGAAUCUUUGCUGAGAGAUGCAGUGAAAGUUCUUCAUGUUGAAGACAGUGGAGUUUAUUUUGAGGAAUGUACAUUGACUCGAUUUCAUGCCAAGCUUCUGGACCAUAGCUUUUCACCUAAAGGACUUCUUGUCAGGAGGGGCUUCACUGUGUAUUAUCAUUGUGAAACACUGAUCUAUCGCACUUUGAAAUCUCAUCUAACCCUUCAUGUUUACCUGAUUCCAAGUGAUAAACAAAUGAAAGUGGCUGUUACAAAGAAAGAGGAAAAGAUGAGAAGUGAAUUUAUCUUAAAACCAGAACCUCAGUGUAAGCUUCAGAUGAAUGGCUGGUUCACACUGAAGGCACUGGAUCAGACAAAGACAUCAGAUUGUAAUUCUGACAUCACACCAAAGGAGCUACAGCUUAUAUACAGUACUGUUAUGCCACGUUUUUUUGAAGUAUUUAUUAAAGAUCCAAAAGAGGAAAUUUGCCUUCAGCUGAUGGCACAACAAAAACCUGUAUGGCAUGCCAGUAUACGCCAAGGUGAUUACCAUCAGAUGACCUCCACAGUGGAUGGAAGCAGAGAAACACAAAGCUCUUGUGCUGUAGGGAACAGAACUGUAAGUGAAAUUCUCCUUGAGCACUUGGAUGAACUGGAAUCUGAGGAGAUGAAAACUUUUACAUGGCAUUUGACUCAAGGUGUAAAAGACUUCAAAAUCUCUAAAAGUCGACUGGAGAACAAAUCAAGAUGUGAAGUUGUGGAGUGCAUGAUUGAUCAUUAUCGUACAGAUGGUGCCGCUCAACUCACUCUGAUCAUCUUGGAAAAAAUGAAGAUGAACUAUCUGGCAAAACAAUUGCAGGAGGAGCUUAAGGUGAAAGCACAGUGAACAGCAACCAAGAUGAACCAAGGAAAACUCAGUAAAUGACUCUCGUAGAUGGAGAGAUGGAGGUUUUAAAGGUGUCAUGAAAUGGAAAAUAACAUUUUCCUUGAUAUUUAGAAAUAUAAGAAUUAACUGUACUAUAAAAACAUACUGUAACUCAAAACACCCACUCCAGUCUAAAAAGAGCAUUUAUAGUUUCCCCUCUAAUGAAACUUCUCGUAAUGGAAACUGUGAGUUUGUGACAUCACAAGACACUGCUCAUUGUCUCGCCCACUGGUGUGCAGUUCAUAUCGUAAACAGAGAGGGAGAGAGAGGCAGGCCUAGCGUGACCAACUAUUUCUGAACACCAAAGGGGACACAUCUGGACUAUUUUUAAGUUUUCUUUUUUGUUUUGUUUUUUUGCAUAUAACAUGCAUUAGACAGCCGUCUUUUACCAUUGUCAUGUUUAUCAUGCCACUUUUAAAAGAGGUACAACUCAGAAGCUCUGCCUCUUGCUGUACUGAACACAAGCUACGCUACUCCCAUCUGCGCUAUUUUUAAUUGUUGGUGUAGCUUUAAACAUGGACUAGCUGGCCAUCUGGAUACGUUUCUGGUGAUCUGCGCCUCAGAGCACCUAUGCGUGUUUGUCUAUUCAUCGUGCUAUGGACUAUGUAUAUGCGUGGACUGCUUUUUGGUGCUGAUGUAAUUAAUUUUUAAUUAAUUAAUUAAUUUUCUUUAUUUAUCACACAUUAUACAUUUGCACAUAUACAGUGAAAUUCUUCUUUUUCACAUAUCCCAGCUAGGCUGGGGUCAGAGUGCAGGGUCAGCCAUGAUACGGCGCCCCUGGAGCAGAUAGGGUCAAGGGCCUUGCUCAAGGGCCCAACAGUGGCAUCUUGGCGGUGCUGGGGCUUGAACCCCCAACCUUCUGAUCAGUAACCCAGAGCCUUAACCACUGAGCUACCACUACCACUGGAUGUGUGUUAUUUGUAAACCCUGAUAUUUAGCUUUAUAGACUUAAAGUUAUAAAGAGCUGGUUCAUUCUCCUCUGACUGCGUUUAAAAUAUGACUGUGUAUUCGAGGGGCUGUACGGUGUUAGCAAAUCAGAACAGUGGGCGUUUACACUGAAGUUUAAACGAGAUACUGUGACCA